AUGCCAGAAACCAGAGCAAAUAAUUAUAACAAAAAAACUUCUUACGUUCCAAAAAAUAACAAAAGAGUCCAACAAAAAAACAGUGCCAGAUAUUUUACUAGCUCUCUCGUAAAUAUAAAUGAACAAACUUUAUUAGAAACUCCCUUUAUAAAUAAUAAAAAACAAAAAAUAACUACUGAAACUAUGGAUAUUUCUUUCCCAAAAGUUAUUAAUGAAGUCAUUGAAAACAUUAUCCUGUCUACUGACAAUAACAACCAAACACUUUCCAACACUAGAAAUGACAAUACAACUAAUACUUUCAAUAUAGAAAUAGAUAACAUAGUUUUCUCGACUUUUAACUCUACAGAAAAAAUAUAA